GCUCUGAAGUCAUGGCAGGCACUAGCUGCGCCUCUGAUAUAGUCCUGACCUUCUCAGUGGACUCUGUGCAGGUGGUCCCGGGCCUGUUGGCAGUUGCUGUGGUUCUGGGAGCUGUGAUUGGAGUCCUUGCUGCAGGACUGCUGUGCUGGUAUGUGCUUUUGCCCCUGCUCUCCAAGAGGGUUAAGGACUCAGAUGUACAUUUGGAGGACAAGAAAUCUGAUCGUAAACAAGAUGCCAGUGAUUCUCCCUCAAAAGUUAAAAAGAAGAUUCGAACAAGAGAGUCUAGACUUAUGCCACUUGAUGAAGAAGGCAACCAGCUGCCUAGCAAUGGUGUUGAAGCAUUUGCGUUAAAGGCCAAAGUUGUUUAUCCAAUAAAUCAAAAGUUUAGGCCACUUGCUGAUGGAGCAUCAAACCCAUCACUGCAUGAAAAUUCUAAGCGCGCCCAGUUACCUAACCAGAUGUUUGAAGACUCUGCAGGGAGCAGUACAGAAUCUCUGAGUCAGGGGGAGAAGGAGGAUGGAAGUUCAUCCACCACAAUACAUUCCACUACCAGUCUGGAUAGAUUCUACGAGAGAACCUUUCCCCGAGUCAACGCUUUCCCUGAAGUUCUUAUAUGUAACAGCUGUGAUGUUAAGUUGUGCCUGUAUAGCCUAUGUCUGCAAAGCUUGCCUCUUGUUGAUGCUGAACUAAGACGAGAACAAUACACGAUGUUUGUUCAGAUUCUUCGCAUCAGCCUGACUGACCUGCUGCUGGAGAAGAAAAUUGAUAGAGACCUGUACACGCACAUCCUUUCUUCAAAGGAGACUGAGUUGGAGGAGCUAGAACAGACAUACCACUCUAGGAUCGCUUCCAGCAAGCAGACUCGUGGACAGGGCUCGGAAUUUCAGACUAUGGAGGACAUUGAAAGAAGAGAGAGAGAAUACUCCGAUCAUCUUAUUCAAAAUUUAGAAGGCUUCUGGAGGCAAAUCGAGAGCACCCAUCAGUUCCUUCACGAGAAGGUGAAGUGCUCAUAUGAUGAAGCUGGAAGAAUUAUGAUGAACCUUAUAUCAAAAAUGGUUUCAGUGGAGAGCAUCCUGUGUGACUCUCAGGAGGAGUUGACCAUGGAAAUGCAAGAAAAGAUGAUCCGCUGGGAGAACAUGGCGAAGGUGGUGGAUUUGUUGAAAUACCAAAUACAGGAGGAAAGUGAAUGCCGUCUCGGUGCGGUUUCCAAAACCCUGGAACAGCUGACCAUUAAGAAGAAGAUUACUGUGAAACAAAAGGAGAGACACCUCACCGAUCUCUUUAAAGCAUUCUGGGAGGAGGUGUCGCGGUACAACAGGGAUUGCCUUCAUCAGACUAAAGCUCUAAUAACCGAACACUUGGGGCACCGCAGUAAACUCGCAGAGAUCCUUCACAAAACCCAGGCAGAGGAGCGCCUUCGUUUCCUGGAAAGGGUAGAGGGGUCUGCUGACGCCGAUAGAUUUCUCAAGGAGUACCACAAACUGCUGGAGACACAGAGAGAGCUGUUUGCAGAACUGGAAGAUGAAGAGGACUGCAAAGUCAUUGAUGCUGUUGCUGAGCUCUGCAAGGAAUUGUAUACAGGGGCCUCCCAGACAUUUGAAAAGCUGGUGAAAAGGUUGUUGUUCCAGACACUUCCUGAAAUUGCUAGCUUGACAUUAGGAGAGUGUGAAAUUCUAAAGCAUGAGCUACGGCAGAAUCUGUCUGCAGAGCUGGAGAAGGCAGAGAAUGAGAGGAAGACCAGGAUCAAACUCUUCCAGGAGAAACUUGUACACGAAAAACAGUUGUGGGCACGAGAGCAAGCGCUGUCAGCCAUGCUUGAUAAGUAUGUAUGUGAGACACAGCAGCAGAUCACCAGAGAGGUGUUAGAUCGGUUAAGUGGCCUCAGCGAGGAGUCCCACAGACUUGCAGUACAGAGACACAAGUUUUUGUUGAGAUCUGUGAUGCGUACGCUCUCCCUGCGAAAUAUUACUAUGGCAACCCUGACACAGAUGAGGAUGUCCAGAAAGAUUGUCAUUGUUCAAGAGCUGAAGGAGCAACAUGCCUUGGAAAAGGGCAAGUGGCACUUACAGGACGAGGAGCAGUGGCAAACCCAGAGCGAGAUGGAAGCUCAUAUCUCAGAGGAGGAAAGCAAGCUGGAGGAGGAAACCUGGCAGGCACGCAGUGACUUCCAGCAGCAACUUCUUUUAGACUUGACAGAAGCCAAUCAUGGCAUUCGCCAGCACAUGGAGCGUGCCAUAGGGCAGAGCCUGAUACACCAUGCACAGCAAGAGGCUGCCAAGAGCAUGAUAGAAGAGAACAGUGAAUUCAAGGAGCGUCUGCUGGAAGCUGCAGUGGAGAGCGUGUACAUCACAAGCAGUAAUGUGAACAAUCUGGUUCAAAGCUAUUAUCAAAUCACGGAGCAAAUUCUAAAGGAUUAUGAAAAGGAAAAGAGUAAACAGUUAAAGGCCGCAAAAGGUAAUUUAUUGGGUGGCAACAUUGAUAAUACAGUUCGCACAAAAUUGCACAAUAACAAGAAACCGACCAGCAGUGAAAAGGCUUUACAACAGGAAUCCGGUCACAAUCUCCAUAGAAGGCUGAAGUCUCUACAAAAGCAAUUACCGGAGAAGCUCAGACUGUAUCAGCAGGGCCGGCUGGACUCCCUGAGACAGAAGAAAUCUCUCCUCCAUCUCGUGGAAGGGCAGCUGGAAAACAAGCUGAAGUUACUGCCUGUGCUGACCCAGCUCUUCUGCCUCUCCCAGCUCUUCUGCCUCUCCCCUCACCUUCUUACAUAUACUUUUAUGUAG